AUGAAAGAUUCACUUGAUCUAUCAGCUAUAAGUCCAGGUUUAUCUGAACCAUCAUCAUUAAAACAUGUAUGUUCGAAUGAAAUCUUAAUAAGAAAUCAACCAUAUAUUAUUACAAUGUCUGUUCAUAAUUCGAAACAACCACAAAUAGAUUUAGAAGUUGAAGCAAAAGAAAGUGCAGAUCAAUGGA